GAAGCGCGACGUCAAUACUGAAACGUCACCAUUGUGUGCCCGGCCAUCGUAUGUCGUCGAUUUUAGCUGAAUUAACUACUUGUGAAUAAUUUGACGAAUAUUCACGUACGGUUGGCUAAUUCUGCUCGAGACUAACAUAAAAGUAAAGUAAAGACUAGUUGGAACGUCUCUAAGUUAUACAUUGCCAUGGCGUCUCCAGGGGGACAGGGAGGAGGGGCAGUGUCUACAAGAGGAGCAGGAGCUAGGAGGAUGAAAUGGGCUCUGGAGUUGAGCUUGGGCAAUGCUAGGGGUCGUGGAGACAGACAGAGUAACCAGGGAGAUGUGAUGUACCCCAUUGGAUACUCAGACAAACCAGUCCCAGACACCAGCAUCCAGGAAACCGACAAAAACCUAGUGGAAAAGCGUUGUUGGGACGUGGCCCUGGGCCCUCUGAAGCAGAUUCCCAUGAACCUUUUCAUCAUGUACAUGUCUGGGAACACCAUCUCAAUCUUCCCUAUCAUGAUGGUCUGUAUGAUGGCCUGGAGGCCCAUCCAGGCUCUCAUGUCCAUGUCUGCCACAUUCAAGCUGUUGGAGAACUCUAACCAGCAGUGGCUCCAGGGGCUUGUCUAUUCUGUAGGGAACCUGUUGGGCUCGGCAUUGGCUAUCUACAAGUGUCAGUCAAUGGGUCUUCUCCCAACUCACUCCUCUGAUUGGCUCGCUUUCAUAGAACCGCCUCAGAGGAUGGAGAUCAUGGGUGGAGGGAUGGUAUUGUGAAGAGGACAGAAGACACACACAUACUGAAAUAUGCUGAACUGUUCUGUUAAUACAUUAAAUCUCUUCCAAGUCUUUUCAAUUCUCUGGCUUUUAGGUUUUUGUGGACUCCUCAAGCUUUUUAUCUACAUUUUGUUUGACAUUUGAGAUUAUUUGUCACAGGUUAUAAAAUGUUACAGAACACAUUCAACAUCUAAUAAUAUGAAAAUGUCAUGUUUGUAAAACCGUUCAUCAUUAUACUAAAUCCACACGGUCAACUUAAGGUGUCACCAUAACAUUUUUUUAAUGUAUCUUUGUGUCAAAUAAAAGGGUUAACUAGUUCAUUUGUUUGUUAAAUAGAAUGGUGACAGUCAUUAGAAAUGUGUGGAACUAAGUUUACUGGCAAAUGUGGAAAUGUUGUUCUGGAAUCAACACUUUUUAGGAAUUGUGAUUUUGCGUUUAACCUUGGACACCCUUUACAAACAUUUUCUGUGUGCUGAAAACAGGUGGGCGGGACAUAGGGUCAGACCGGCAGUGAAGGAAAGGGAAAGUUGGGCACAUUGGUGAAGGCUAUGAAGAUACAUUUGGAGAGGUAUAUGUAGGUUACUUUUGCAUUGAAUCACAAAGGCAAUUCAUUAGUGUCCUGGCGAAAUCCGGAAUGUUAUUUAACUCAUGCCAUCAUUGUUGGAAAUAUUGUGUCUUAUACAUUUUGUACAUUGCAAAGUCUUAAGUCAUUUGAAAAACAAAUCCCAUUCUCAUGUAUGUACUCUUGCAAGUUGGAAGCUACAAAUCGACAACUUUGUAAAUAAAAUGGAUUAAGAAAACAAA